AUGACAAAAACAAAGGAGGUUGAUGUCCAUAACUCUCCGGCUCACCUCGUCUUCGCCUCGCCCAAGGAACGGAGACUCCAUCUCCGGCAGAAGAUGGAAAGCGGAGGCGGGACGGAGGGCUCGGACAGCGGGCAGGCGCAGCACGCGGUGGCCGGGCAGCAGCAACAAAACCCCCGGCCUGAAACCGCGGAGCUGUCUGCGGUGCUACCAGCUCCGGGCGAGAAGAAGAAGAUAAACCGUGCUCCAUCCCCGGCCAGGCCGAAGGAUGUGCCCGGGUGGUCGCUGACAAAGAUCCGCGGAGGGAUUGGGACCCCGACCCUGAGCGUGAAGCCGGGAGCCAUCCACUUGGGUAGCCGCCUUUCCAGACGCAGUCCCGUAGGAAGCCUCAGUGGAAAGGACAGUAAAGCCGAAAGGAGUGGAGGUGGCAAGCCGGCAGGCAAAGCUUCCUUCUCCGCCGCAGCAUUGUCCAAGACCACGGCGGCCAAGGGGGGCAAAGGCACUGGAGGGCGAAGGAAGGUAUCGGACGCCAGCAUAGGAUCGGAUGAUUUAUCAAAGGACUCUGGCUGUGCCCCUGGGAAGCUUUCCCCGACCGACAGCAGCUCCGAGCUCUCGGACUGCGCCUCUGAGGAAAACAAGCUCUCCACGGACGCUGUGAGCAGUGACGCCGAGUCGAGGAGCAGCCGAGGCGGUGGACUGGAUGGAGACAACCCGCUCAGGAAUGGCACGUCCGCGGAUAGAGCUAGUCAACAAGCCGCCGCCAAAUCCGGGGGCUCCUCCGCGGAGAAGGACCGGCUCUCCAUUGGUGUGGAGACCGGGGAAGGGAGCAUAUCCCCCGGCGAGGAGCGCUCCGUCACCUCGUUUGACAGCAGGGUGCCUGCCAGCACGUCCCUGGCUUUCUCAGACCUCACAGAUGAAUUUAUGGACGGGAUGCAUGAGGAGUUUGUCAGGGAAAUAGAGGAGUUGAGAUCCGAGAACGAUUACCUCAAAGAUGAGAUGGAGGAGUUGAGGUCUGAGAUGUUGGAGAUGAGGGACAUGUACAUGGAGGAAGACGUCUACCAGCUGCAGGAACUACGGCAACAGCUGGAGCAGGCAAACAAGACCUGCCGCAUCCUGCAGUACAGGCUGAGGAAGGCCGAGCGGCGGUCCCUCCGUGUGGCCCAAACAGGGCAGGUGGACGGCGAACUGAUACGAACUCUGGAGCAAGACGUCAAAGUGGCGAAGGACGUGUCCAUCCGUCUCCACAGCCAGCUGGACAGCGGGGAGAAGAAGAGGACUCGUUUAGAGCAGGAGAACGAGGAACUGAGGGUCAGACUACAGGACCUGGAGGUCGCCAAACAGGUCCUGCAGCAGGAGAUUGACAAGAACUCCCAGAAGAAAAGAGGAGCACGACCCAACAAUAAACCUGACAAGAAGCCCAGUCCACAGGAAGACAGUUCAGACCUGAAAUGCCAGCUCCACUUUGCCAAAGAGGAAUCAGCCCUGAUGUGCAAGAAGCUGACCAAGCUGGCGAAGGACAACGAGGCCAUGAAGGAGGAACUGGCCAAGUUCAGGUCGCUGUACGGGGACGUCGACGCCUCUCUCACUGUGGAGGAGGUUGCUGACUCGCCCCACACCCGUGAGGCAGAGGUCAGAGUCCACUUGAAGUUGGUGGAGGAGGAGGCCAACCUGCUGAGUCGACGCAUUGUGGAGCUGGAGGUGGAGAACAGAGGGCUCCGAGCUGAAAUGGAUGAUAUGAAGGGACCACAAGACGGUCCUCAUGAACUUAGUGGCGGUGGUCUGGGUGCAGGACUUGGCCUAGGAGGAGGAGCCAUGGUGCUUGGAGGGGGGGCUUCAUCUGAAAACGUCAUGGAGCUCCAGAGACACCUCCAGUUUGUGGAGGAGGAGGCGGAGCUCCUGAGGAGGUCGCUGAUCGAGUUGGAGGAACAGAACAAACUCCUGAUGAAUGAGAUCAACCGCUACAAAUCUGAACUACCACCGCCAACGUCCACGCUGUCGUCCAAUUCGCUGACGUCGCUGGCAGACGGGCUGCUCAAUGACAGCCCAGUGCACUCUAUACAGGAAGGGGCGGUGCUUAUCAGCACAGACACCCCACCUCAGGAGGAGGAGCUCAGACUGGCAAGGCUUCAGAUCGGAGAACUGAGCGGGAAGGUGAAGAAGCUUCAGUAUGAGAACCGAGUGCUUCUGUCCAACCUGCAGCGCUGUGAUCUGGCCUCCUACCAUGCUCCUUCGUCCUCCUCCUCAUCCUCUUCACUACGACUAGCUCUGGAGACGGAUGCAGAGGCUGGAGACUCAGCUGAGUGCCUCCCUACCAGCCCGCCACACCGCAAGGAGCCAGUAGGGGGUGAGAAUGAGGCCCUGGAGAUCAAAGAACGGAAAAAGAAGAUAGAGGACAACGCUGACAUAACAACCUCACUCCCUGGGUGCCUGGGGCAGAAGGACCAUGAUGCCUUGCUGGCCAUGAGGGACCAGGCUCGCUUGGUUUCCACAGCGAUACAGCUCCUGACCUCCCCCGAGUCUAACUGCCUCUCCUCCUCCCCUUCUAUCUACCACAAGGUCUGCAACAGCGAGGCAGCAGAGCCGUGUGACCUGGAGAAACCUCAGCCUCACAGCCAGAUUUCAGAGCUGUCUGACCUGGCAGACCGGCCUCUGGUUGGUGCUCUGACCAGCAGGCUCCAGGCCUUACACACCCAGCUACAGGCCUUUGUGGAACAUGUAGACAACCUGGGUAAAUCCCCAGCAGGUGGGAGGGACCCUCAGGUGGAAGGAGCAUCUCCCCUGACCUCACCCUGCACCUCCCUGCCCUCCUCUGGAGACAACCUUGAUGGACUGAACACUGCUGAGCAGAAGCAGCCUGAUUAUAGGCACCAAUCAGAGCCAGAGGUGAAAAGUGAAACAGAUGAGAAGAGCCAGUCUGACAGCAACGAGACACAAAACCACAAAACCGGACAGUUGGAGCAGGAAGAGGGAGAGAAAGACGAUUCACUGCUCAUCCAGUCCAGUGACCUCCAGGCCCGGCUAUAUGAAGUAGAGGAGUCUGCUCAAGGAGCUCAGGAGGAACUGGAGAAGGAGAGGCAGGCUCAGAGGGGAAUCGCUCUCAAACUCACACAGCUCCAGGAGGAGAACCAGAAGGCUCUGCUCCGUCGGGACUUCCAGCUCCAGAGUUUGGGGCUCCAGGCUCGACUUCAGCAGAAGUUGUGGAGCCAGGAGAGGACUCUGCUGGUCCAAGAGUCUCAGCACCUCAAACAGGCCCUGCUACUGCUCAGCCUCAAGCUACGCUGCUUCCUCAAACAGUGGAGGCUGGGCUGCAAGAAGGACACAGAGUGGAAAGAUAUCUUGGAGAUGAACAGCCUGAAGGACCUCUACCUUCUGUUAGAGGAGGAGAACCUGACAAGUCCCGCCCACCAGACUGACAAGAGGGCUGCUGCUGAUGAACAACCACUCAGCCCAACCAUCAAGUCGAGCGCUGUGAGCAGCACCCUGGCGGACCUGAAGGUGGCGCUGCAGGAUCUGAGUGGAGAGCUGCGACAGGAAAGACAAGGCUCCCAGGAACUCACCCAGCAGUUUGCAAAGGCCAAGGCAUCAUGGGAAGUGGAGAGGACUGAACUAAAGAGCCUAAUCACGCAGCUUGAGACCAAAGCAGGCAAAGCAGCAGCAGCCCUGUCCUCCACUGAUGCAUUGGAUCCUCCAGACCUGAAGGUGGCCCUAAAGAGGGAGCGUGAGGAACACCAGCACCUCCUUGCUGAGUCUUAUGCAGCUGUGAUGGACCAAACUAAACAGCUUCAGAUCGGAGAGAGAAACUGGGGCAGAGAGAAGCUGGAGCUGCUGGAGAGGUUCAGCCAGGAGAGAGCUCAGUGGGAGCAGAGACUGAGAGAGGCCACUGCACAACAGGGGAAGAGGAGGAGGUCAAAGUCAUCAGGUGCUGAGUCCUCUGCAGACUUGGUCGUUGCUAAUGGAACAGGGUCACCAAGGACCAAAUCCACAUCAGACCUGGAUGGCCCAGAGGUCAACGGAGCAGCCAACCGCAAAGAGAAGUUUUCAGUCCCACCACUUUUGAGUCACCCAGAGCUGGGUGACCUCACCAGGAAGAACUGGACCUACCUGACUAAUGAGACCCCAGAGGUUUGGGAUACAUGUAAAACUUGGGACGGCCCCAGUGGCUCCUGCAGCAGCUUAGUAGGGUCAGAGUUGAAUCUGGAGUCUGUCCAGAGGAGCUACACUGCUCCUGACCGCACUGGCAUUCGGAUCUACUACAGUCCUCCUGCUGUACGGCGUAUGGAGCACCGUAGAAGGAACCAGGAGGCCAAAGAACCACAGCAGGUUCUGAACGGGAGUGGAUCAGACACAGGCGUGGCAGCAGUAGAAACCCUGGAGGUUCAGCAACCUUCACCCUCCUUUUCAUCUUCGUAUGAGCAGUGGCUGAGCUCACUGUCCAAGCAGCACAGGGAGCUGCUGGAGAGUAGAAGUGGCUGUUUCACCAGCUCAAUCCCCAGUGUCAACAACGGCGUCAGUGGAUCGGCCAACAGCGUGGUUGAUGGGAUGACAUCUUCGUCAGCAUUCCACGGCCUGGAGAUCGGAGAGAUUUCAGCAAACUUGAGUGAUGACAUGAAGGAGAUGACCAACUGCGUCCGCCAGGCCAUACGCUCCUCCUCUCUGGAGAGAAAAUCUAGCAAAGAAUCCGGAAGUCAGGUUGUCGGCAUGUCCACCAGGUCCACGCAGACCGCUACCCAGUACGUCAGCAUUGGGCUUCAAACUGACAACCUUCCCAGUAGCAGGGGGUCAGGUUUACAAUCUAAAGCCUGGUCUCCCCGUCCUUCAUCAACAACCACCUCUUCGUUAGCAUCAGCCCGAACUCGGCAGAUAUCAACGUCACUGGACAAAGUUCACGGCCGCAUCGAUAGGCCAUGCUGUUCACCAAAAUAUGGAUCACCAAAACUACAACGCAGAGUGUCCUCUGGCUCCACCUCCAGAUUGGAUGCGACUUCCUCCUCUAGGGACCGCAGCCUGUGGAGCCUCCAGCAGAGACCCAUUAGUGGAGGUGGAGGCUCAGCCUGGGCUCGCUCCACCACCACCAGGGACAGCCCUGUCCUGAAUGGCCUCAAUGAUGGCCUCUCCAGCCUCUUCAGCGUGGUGGAACACGCUGGAAGCACUGAGUCACUCUGGAGGGGUGAUGGAGGAGCCAGCCAAGUUGCCAGUCCAGCACGGCACCCUCCUGCCGCAGGAAAACCCUCUGCCGGGGCAAUCUGCACGUCCGACCCUGGCCCCCAGCGUUAUGGAGGCCUGGUCCAAGAGUUCUUCAAGAAUGUCUGCAGCAGCCGUGGCCAGGCAGGUGUCACCUUGCCUGGAGAGAGGGUGCAAAGAGACCUCCCCGGAGUUGUGGGUGUGGGUUACAACAGCGUGGAUGAGCCCAAGCCAGAGUGUGUGCCAGCUGGGGUUGGAGGGCUUGGAGCCCUGACUGGAUUGAGUGGAAGCAACGACAAUGUGACCAGAAUUGUUAAUAAGAGGUUUAUGAGACAGACAGCCGGCGAGGAGAUGGUCAGUAUCAUGGGAGGAGGGAAGGAAACAACGAGCAACACCGGUGCUGCAGGAUCUGGAACGGAGGAUGCACCCUGUGACUGUGCUGCUCAGUCCUCCUGCCUCGCCCGGCCAUCAAGAGCGGUCACUCGCCAUUCACUCAGCCAGUGCAAACACCGACCACAAGAGUCUCCGGCGGCAUCCGAGGAGAAGGGAGAAGUGUGCAUCGAGUGA